AUCUCUCCCGAUCGGUCGCUCGUUCAAUCACGAUGGAGUGUCGUGGACGCGUUGGGUCGUUCAAUCAUUAAAGUGUUCAACAAUAACCAGAGCGCGGCGAUUUCCACUAUUCUAUUCCAACUCCAUCAUCCCAGUGAAAAUUAAAAAUGCAAAGAUUUAUCAGGGUUUUAGUUCAGCGAUUCAAUCCUGGUCGGUUAGUCUCGAAUCGAGGAUAUUCACUAACGCCAGCAGAAUCUCCGAAGAAACCCCAUAGCCCGGCCAAACGAAUAUGGAAACUUUUAUUUGGGCGGUAUCUACUAGUCACCAACACUAUCAGUUCCGGGGUGUUGAUGAUGCUGGGCGAUGUUGUUGCCCAGGAAAUUGAGAUAAGGCGCGAAGGAAGUCUGCAGCGAGAACUUGAUUGGUAUCGAAUAGGCUGCAUGACCCUUGUUGGCCUCUCGCAAGGACCAUUACAUCACUAUUUGUACCUGUGGAUGGAUCGUUCCCUUCCAGGGACUGCAAUCAAAACAGUAUUCGCAAAAAUUGGUCUCGAUCAGUUUGUUAUGUCUCCAAUAUUUAUUGUUUCUUACCUGUAUAGUGCAGGGUUGCUGGAGGGAAAUAGCGUGCAAAAGUGCACAGAAGAGUUGACGGAUAAAUUCCCAACUAUCUACGUUGCAGAUUGGAUGGUGUGGCCACCAACGCAGUUUAUCAACUUCUAUUGGUUGAGUCCCAAGUAUCGAGUCCUGUACAUUAAUGGCAUUACGAUGCUCUACAACAUAUUUCUAUGUUACAUCAAGCAUAACGACGACCUUCGGAUCAAAUUCGGGGAAAGUGAUAGUGUUGCAAAGUGAUUCAGUUUUAGAAUGGGUAUAAAUUUUCUUUUUUGUUGAAAUACUCAGCUCAAAGUUGGGUUUGAAAAUAUUUCAUUUAUUGCU